GGAGAGCAGCAGGGAAUGCCUUUCGGGCUUCAGCAGCCUGGAGGGUGGGGGCAUCUGAGCGUUGACUCCUGGGUUGGAACUUUUCUGGCCACCCCUUCCCCGAGUCUCUUGCCACUGGGUCUCUCUACUCCGGGCUCAGGAAUCUCUAUGUUCUUCACCUCCUCUCCAAGCCUCCUCCUCCCGGAAGCCUUCCCUCAUUGAGCUGCUGGAACUGCGGAGCCCCUGUUUCUGAUCAGCUUCAAAUGCGGUCCCCCUGUUCUCUGCGGCCGUCUGUGGAUGACGCUCCUGCCUCCUCCGGACCAUUACUGCUGGGACUGAAAGCCUGGGCUUCGGCGGGGCGGGCGGGCAGAGAGUGGAGGGCGGCUCCAGGAGGGGCCUGGCAGCAAACUGUGGCCCGCGGCCAGCCCCGCCCCUACCUGUGGAAACCCAGCCGCCAGCGCCUGCGAUAAAAGGCGCCGAGUGUCCCCGAGGUCAGCGAGUGCGUGCUCCUCCUCUCCCGCCGCUAGGUCCAGCCCGGCCCAGCCACCAUGUCCAUCCACUUCAGCUCCCCGCUGUUCAGCUCGCGCUCCGCCGGCUUCUCCGGCCGCGGUGCUCAGGUGCGCCUGAGCUCCGCGCGCCCCGGUGGCUUCGGCAGCAGCAGCCUCUACGGCCUGGGCGCCUCGCGGCCGCGCGUGAACAUGCGCUCCGCCUAUGGGGGCCAGGUGGGCGCCGGCAUCCGCGAGGUCACCAUCAACCAGAGCCUGCUGGCCCCGCUGCGGCUGGACACAGACCCCUCCCUCCAGCGGGUGCGCCAGGAGGAGCGUGAGCAGAUCAAGACCCUCAACAACAAGUUUGCCUCCUUCAUCGACAAGGUGCGUUUUCUGGAGCAGCAGAACAAGCUGCUGGAGACCAAGUGGGCGCUGCUGCAGGAGCAGAAGUCAGCCAAGAGCAGCCGCCUCCCAGACAUCUUUGAAGCCCAGAUUGCUGGCCUUAGGGGGCAGCUUGAGGCGCUGCAGGUGGAUGGGGGCCGCCUGGAGGUGGAGCUGCGGAGCAUGCAGGAUGUGGUGGAGGACUUCAAGAAUAAGUACGAAGAUGAAAUUAACCGCCGCACGGCUGCUGAGAAUGAGUUUGUGGUGCUGAAGAAGGAUGUGGAUGCUGCCUACAUGAGCAAGGUGGAGCUGGAGGCCAAGGUGGUCGCCCUGAAUGAUGAGAUCAACUUCCUCAGGACCCUCCAUGAGACGGAGUUGACAGAGUUGCAGUCGCAGAUCUCGGACACGUCCGUGGUGCUGUCCAUGGACAACAGCCGCUCCCUGGACCUGGACGGCAUCAUCGCCGAGGUCAAGGCUCAGUACGAGGAGAUGGCCAAGUGCAGCCGGGCUGAGGCUGAAGCCUGGUACCAGACCAAGUUUGAGACCCUCCAGGCCCAGGCUGGGAAGCAUGGGGACGACCUCCGGAAUACCCGGAGCGAGAUUGCAGAGAUGAACCGGGCCAUCCAGAGGCUGCAGGCUGAGAUCGACGCCAUCAAGAACCAGCGUGCCAAGUUGGAGGCCGCCAUUGCUGAGGCUGAGGAGCGUGGGGAGCUGGCACUCAAGGAUGCUCGUGCCAAGCAGGAGGAGCUGGAGGCUGCCCUGCAGCGGGCCAAGCAAGACAUGGCACGGCAGCUGCGUGAGUACCAGGAGCUGAUGAGCGUCAAGCUGGCCCUGGACAUCGAGAUUGCCACGUACCGCAAGCUUUUGGAGGGCGAGGAGAGCCGGUUGGCCGGAGAUGGAGUGGGAGCCGUGAAUAUCUCUGUGGUGAAUUCCACUGGAGGCAGUGGCAGUGGCAGUGGUGGUGGCAUUGGGCUGAGCUUCGGGGGAACCAUGGGCAGCAAUGCCCUGAGCUUCUCCAGCAGUGCGGGUCCUGGGGCCCUGAAGGCUUAUUCCAUCCGGACCACAUCCACCAGUCGCAGGAGCGCCCGCAACUGAGCUGCUUCCCACCCCUCCAUUUCCCCAGCCACUGCCCACAGUCCCAGGAAGGUUCCCCUCCCUGCCUCCCAUGCCUGUUCCCAAGACCGAGAGACAGUCUGGAAAGUGAUGUCAGAAUAGCAUCCAAUAAAGCAGCCUCGUUCUGAGGCCUGAGUGA